UCAGUCAUGUGGUGAGAAUAAAGACACUGCUUUGAAACCUUAACAACAACAACAACAACAACAACAACAACGUGUAGACGUUCCAUCGAAUGAAAACAGAUCACAUGUUUGCUAACUGUAAGGAGGGGGGAGAUCAUUUUCCACAGCUCAGCCAAUCACAGCGAUGUCUACUUUGUAAACCUUGAUCGCCUCUUGACUACAUCUCCAUUUGGGUGGGAAGACAUCAGCAGUGCAAGACCAAGGUGCUGUACCACAAUGAUCGGAGGACUGGCUGCUUUGAUUCUUCUUAGUACAGGGUCUCUGCUUCAAGCUGCAGAGGUUCCUCAUCAGAUCUCUCUGACUGUGGUUGAACUUGGAGGGAAUGUUACUUUGCAGUGUCCAGUUUCUGAGAAGGACGGCAAAUUCUUUUACUGGUACAAACAGUCUCUUGGAUAUAUGGCCCAAACAGUUGCAACUGCAGUUCAGGGUCAGUUAACAGUAAGUGAACAGUUUGACAACCCACGGUUCAAAGCAACAAAAGCAGUUGCUCAGUAUCUUCUUACCAUCACAAAUGUCAGCAAAGAGGACGAAGCAACAUACUUCUGUCACUAUAGAGCGUCCUAUUUAUGGAGUUUCAGCGAUGGCAUCUUCUUGGCUGUGAACGAUAGUAAUCAACACAAAUCUUGCUAUGUGAAACAAAGUCCAAAGACUGAGUCGGUCCAGCCAGGCGACAGAGUGAAUCUCCAGUGUUCACUUCUUUCCAUGAACAAAACCAACAAAGAUGAGUGUCCAGGUGAAGACAGAGUGUACUGGCUCAGAUCUGGAUCAGGAGAAUCUCAUCCAAGCAUCAUUUACACUGACAGAGACAAACAACAGGAGAGAAGUUGUUUCUACAGUCUGUCCAAAACUAUACAGAACUCCUCUGAUACUGGGACUUACUACUGUGCUGUGGUCACAUGUGGAAAGAUCCUGUUUGGUGAAGGAACUAAAGUGGAAACAAGAUCAGAACUUGAACAAGUUGUCCUUGCUCUUGGAGUCCUGUUGGUCUGCUGUGUGACUGUGAUUGUCGUCCUUAUCUUCUACGGAAAUCGAAGGAAAGUUUGCGGACACUGCAAAGAGGCGAUGGGUGCUUCCCAUCAUCUUGGACAUGACAGAUUAACUGUGGAUCAGUCUAAUCAUCUGGAUGGUGAAGAAGAGGCCAUGAACUAUGCAGCACUGGAGUUUUCUACAAGGAAAGUGAAAAGAGGAAAGAGGAAGAUCAAAAACACACCAGAGUGUGUGUACUCUUUUGUAAAAGCAGAUGACCACAACCAGCAACACCCCUCUCUGUAGACAAAUCCGAUGGCCGCUUUGUGUGUUCUGUGCUGCUAUUACUGCAGUGGCAAACUGUAGUGACUCAGUGUCUGCUGCUGCCUGCUAACAGCCACCAUGUUAGCUGGUGACUUUCAGCAGAAUGUGUCUGUGGUUGCACGAAGUAACUUGCGUAAAUGAUUGGCAUAGAUAAUGAACACAUUUGAGUACGUACUGAAAACUGAUUAAAGUAAGAUUCUAAUUAUGAGUACACCUACAUGUUGUCAACAGCUGUUACUAUGAGCAACCACGACGUAUUUGGAUGAGACACCAGUUAGCACAGUCACUUCUUACACCAAAACAUCGGACACCAUUGUACAGAUCUGUUUGUGAUGUCAACAGAAUGAUAUUACCUUUGUGGUCGUUCCCCAACUUAGAGUGACUAAUGAUGUUUUUCACACUAACGUCACAGUCAGCUGACUGCAUUAAUUUAUUAUGUGGGACCACCGCAGCUCAGAGACAGUGUCUUAGCCCAUUUAUGUUAGCUCAGUAAGCAGAGUUUUUCCCAAGGUUUUCCA